AUGUAUUUAACACAGAACUCAAACACGUGCUUGCAAGGAUCACCUGGCCUCCCCGGACGUAACGGAGUCAAUGGACAUAACGGGUUACCAGGCCGCGAUGGCCGAGAUGGAGCUAAAGGUGAAAAGGGCGUGGCAGGUCCCCCUGGAUCACGUGGUAUGAAGGGAGAAAUGGGACCAAGUGGAACAGACACUGAUCACAGGAACUGGAAACAAUGUGCGCGGAAGAAUAACGACGGUCGUGACAUUGGACUGAUCAAGGCUUGUUAAUUUAUCUGUGAUCACAGCUAUAGUUCAGUUAGCAUAAAUAAAAAUAUCAUCCCAUCCACUGUGCUUCGCCUGCCUUUUUAGUUAUUGUUGAACGAUGUCCAUGCAGUGGUAUAUUCGCCUAGUAUAACGAAAUGUAGGGUGUAUAAUGCCCUCCUGAUAAUGACAAUUUCUCUGAAAAUAAUUGUUCAGAACUAAUUUGUUGUUGCAGGAUUGUCACCUCACUAAAACCAAGGAUGACACAGCUCUUCGUGUUGUUUACCAGGGAAACCUGUAUUUGGGAGGAUGUGGCGGCUGCUGCAAGAGAUGGUUCAUCACUUUCAAUGGAGCCGAGUGCAGUGGUCCCCUGCCUAUUGACGCAGUGCUGUGGAUCCGAAAUAAAGACGAAGACAACCACAGACCCGGGUUCAUUGAGGGCUACUGUAACAACAUACACAAGGGCAAAAUCCGAGUUGGAAUCAACAUUGGAAACUGUGCAGGAUAUGGAAACUCCAAUGGUUACACAGGCUGGAAUUCAGUGUCCCGUUUGAUCAUUGAAGAAGUUCCUCAGUCCCAGUAACAAGUUGAAAAGCGUCAGGUGAUUAUUAAUGACGUAAUUAAGGGCUCUAAUAACAUUUUCAUGUAAAGCAGUUCAGCUUCAAAACCACAAUAAACUCUGCACGUGACUACUGAUGUAUGAACAUGUCAUUUUUUUAUAAGCACCUAUCCAGUUUAAGGUUAUUAGAUAUGCGCCUGUUCUCACGUUUAUUAAAUAAGUGGCCACCCCCAAGACAUUAACUAAAGGUUUUUUUCUAAGUGCCUAUCCUUUAUAAAAUAGGUGCUUACCCUUAAGGUUUUCCAGUGAGCGCCCACCCUUUAGGACAUUAAAUAUAUGCCAUUGGUAAAGGAUAUGUAAUAGGCUGUAGCCAAAUUCCAAAAAUUCUCACUUUCAAAAUGAGGCUUACUGCAAAAACUUUCUUGUGAAAAUAAGUUUUAUUUGCAUGACAAUUAAAAAUCAUUUUCAUAUAGAUAUGCACUUAGCCUGGCUUUGAAGCAGAGACUUAGGCAACUCGGAAAUGGUCUAUUCACCCGUUUUCACAUAGACUAUAAUGCACCUUGCAUACCCCCCAAAAUUUUGCAUAACAAUUGUCAUCGAUUUUUGGAGGGAGACUGUAAUACCCAUUACCCACCCUUUCCUCGAAUUGACUCUCUAGGAACGUAACGUUUUCUUUCAGUUUAUUACCAGCCCUAGUGUACAUCUCUCAUGGGAUUGUGGGCAAACUAAGGGCCUGUCUACAUGGAGGUGGGGGACCCCGGGUAGGUGAGGUAACCCUCCUGUCCAUAUAAUCUCUCAUUUUAAUUUGAUCACGUUUACAUGAUAGGCGGGGUGACCAGCCGUGUUACCUCACCUAUCUGAGGUCCCCCACCUCCAGGUAAACAGGGGCCCCGCGUGGGACCUUUGAGGCCCAUUACUGCACAUCCCAUUGCCUAAUAACAUGAAGAGAUCAAACUAAUUUGCACUAGUACAAGACAAUUGUGGCGAGGUGAAACCUUGGAAAUAAACACCAACGCGGUCGACUGGGCUCAUAUAAAAAACCACAUAAUUACACUUGUUGUACAUCAAAAUAGGGACUUUUAAGCAACAUCUACGGAAGGGUCUAGUACAGUGACCGGAAGUAUUUUGUUCCCGCCACGCGUCAAUGCCUCAAGUUCAAAGCACCACGACGGCUAUAGCGGUCAAAACGUCGCUUUUUAAAAUUAAAUUUAUUGACUGGCCGUAUUGCGCUUCCUGAAUACGUAGAAGAUCAUGGCGGGCCGUAGUGUCUACUACGUUAAGUAUUCAGUUCUAUUUUACGUCCUUAGAACACCAGUGUAUAUUUGAUACAGAAUCGCAAGAUACACGCAUUUUAUCCUUUUUUGGUCAUCCUUGGAAAUUUCUGAAUCGACGGUUCAUUUUUCGAUCAUGAGCCUCAAAUUUCAGUGUCAAGCACGACACCCAUUAAGUGAAAAAUACAGCCAAAUAUAUACGCAAAAUACAGUUGACGGGAAAGAGGAUUUCAUAACGGAUAUCAUUGCACCACGUGGCGUGGAUAAGACUGAUAAAACGCCGCAAGGAAGCCCUGAGUUUGCCCAUGAAUCGCCCUUUUUUAUGAAUGUUUUUUUUUUUACAUUUCCUUGCCGUGGAGGCUCACUGCACGGCUUCAACCGUUCGCAAACAUUUGACAAAGUAAGGGACUUGGAAUAAUCUAGCCUCCCACGCAGGCGUUUUUAGGGGAGGGAUGAAAAACGAGCUCACCUAAAAACGCCUGCGUGGGAGGCUAAGAAUAAUCGCGAUAAAGAAUAAAAAAAGGCGAAUACACUUUUAAGAGACGUUUUCACCGCUAUAGCCGUCGUAGUAUCUGUUGACGAAUGGUGAAAAAAAAUUACUUCCGGUCACCGCCUAGAAACGUCCGUAGUCUUUCCUUAAAGUCCCUAAUGAUCGGACCUGUCGAGGUCACCUAGUGAAGUUUCUAAGUAUAUCACAAGGAGCAAAACUUUUGAUUACACAGAAUUGUAUUUUUAUAAUACCAAUGACACUUGCCUUCUACUAAAAAAAGUGAAAAAAAAAACAACAACAAAAGAUGGCAUAUUUAUCGUCUGCGGUCAUAAUAAUCAAAACAGGAAAAAAUUCUCAGUAAUUAAUUCACCGAGUAAAAUACUCAGUACUUGGCAUUUGUUUUUCACGACCAAAUACAAACCUUUAAUACUGAACAUCCCAUUCAUUCGGCUUUUUCGAUAAAGGAUGCCAUCAGUUUCGCAUGUUUCAUGGAGGCGUUCAGGGACUGCCAACAUAUAUUUCUGUUACUCAUCAGUGACUGGGUAAGCCGACAAAUAAAAUAUAAAUAUUGCCAAUUCUUUUUAUAGAAAUCACGCUUCAGUACGUUUUAUUGAUAAAUUACAGCAUUGACUGCAAUGUUUUUCUCUCAUACUCUCUCGUCAACGAUCAUGCUAAAUAUGAUCAAGACAGACUUUUAAUCCGGUGACAGAUUUUACACAUGGGCAGCCAACGACUAUUUUCUGUAAAAUAUCUGUUCGGAGAAGCAAUUAUUGGCUAUAAUUUUCUAUUGCUUGAGGACGGCUAAAAAUUUCUAGAUGACCGUUCCAUUCAUGUACAAUUUUCGAAACUUAUCUAAUAAAUUCCCUGCGAUUUUCUGAAGCUUCAUUUUUCACAUUUCACUUUGUUUUUUCGUAGAAAAGGAAACCUAAAAUUUUCGGAUUUAAAAAUGUGAUUGAGAUAGGAAUCAGAAAAAUUCUCACUUUCGUAAAGCGAUAAAUAGCAUCUAAAAUUUUCGGGAAAAUUAUACUGAAACCCUUGGCAUUUCGAAAAGUCACCUAGGAUGACCGAACAGAUACAAAUUUUAUAGCGCCGCUUAUAAUGUAUUUCUAGACAUCUAAAACUACUCUGGAUAGCCUAAAAAGUGUUUUCAACGAAUUUAGGAGGAAAUCAUCGUUGAGUGCCCCUGUUUACAGAACAGACAUCGCAUUUGAGUUACAACUUCUAAAACCGGACCCGCCUUCAUUUUUUAACAUUAUGAGAUAAACUUUACAAGAUCCAUCGGCUACUAGUACCCCUCAAUUCAAGACAACAGCUGCAGUGUAUGAUGAUUUCACACUCGCCGCGGCUACUCUUAAACGAUUCAGCAUUCCGUUUAAAAUUUAUGCAUCUCGAUUUGCUCGUCUUUUAAUAUGUCGUCGAUAAUUCCAAGACAGCACUUCUGGAUGUGCUCAACAGAUAUUAUCAAGAGAAUCCCAUUAUGGCUCUUGAUAUUAUUCAAAGGGCAAAGUUUCUAGGGUCGAAUCCACAGAAUCUACUUGAAAACCCAAAACGUGUGUUUGUUAACAACAGAAUUCUUCUAGUAGCGGCAAAGGUUUAGAUAAAAAUUACCAUACUUCGUAUACAUAACAAGCUACUUAUAUAUUAGGCCAUAGAAAAGAGACCGUCAACUGUUCAAUGGUCACUCUGUGUAUUAACGACAACAGGCCUACUGUAUUGCGUUUGGGUUGCUUCGAUUAAAAACAAUUUCCACAGAAGCAACAUUCUUUGGAACAGAUCAAAACGCUGAGAAACAGAACCACGAUUUAUUUUGCGUGUGCUUUGCAGUCCGCAAUUUAAGGCUUGGGAAGCAGCCGUAGACUAGUUGAUCCACGUAGAGAGAAUAUUGGCUAAAUUAACGGUAAGACAAAAUAGAGCUCACCUUCGGCCAGUUUUGAUUACCUUCUGUGAUACUUCAUAUGGAGAGAUUCCGUAAGCGAGCAUUUCAUGACGAAAACUCUAUUUAGUUUUAGUUUUAGUUUUACAAGCUUUUCUGGACACAGGCCUGCCCAGAGGGAAUAGGUACGAACGGGACUCAUAGGUCCCAUGCAAGGUGUCAUCCUUACCAAUUUCAUUUUCUGCGCUCAGGAGAGGUUAAACUUUACCAUACUGAAAUUACUGGGAAGGUAAGGUUGAACGAAGAAAAAGAUCAUAUGUGUACUGGUAAUUCUUCGCUGCUCACUCAUUUAGCCGGACUUUUAGCAACUCUGCCAGUAUUAAAACAGUCUAAAGUUGUAAGAAAACUCGUCUGGUUUACAAUUUGCCUGAAGGAAAGCUUCAAAGCCUCAAAGCAAUAAGGAUCGACACAUCGCUAAUAAUAACAUAUAGGGCCUGUUUUAAGUUUUUUUAUUAGACAGUGAAAUGGCGCUGUUUAAACCACAAUGGCAAAUUAUACUGUUCACGGGUUUUAUAAGUAAAAAUGAAAAACUCCCUAAAACACCAUAAUAACAUCAAAUGUUAGGAAAAUUUGGGGUUACCUUAGUGAACUGUCUAUAAGUCCCCAUUAAAAUUCUGGUGAAAAAAAAAAGAGACAAAACCAGCUCAAGAGCUUGAAUUUCGUGAAAAACGAACAAUUAUUUUAAGUCCAUUAAUUUGCUUGCCUGGCUUUAAUCGAGAUUUUUCAAGCAAGGAUAUUUUUUAUAUUUGAAACGUUCAAUAAUCGUGAUCGCACAUACAAACAUAGUUAUCUCCCUGUUCGCUGUUAUUCCACUACGUUGUUCAAGGUCAGUAAAUGUGGCAGUCGGUCAGCACAUGCCAUUGUGCUCACACAACAAGAAAAAUUUCGUUACAAUUAAUUCAAAAAGUGAACUUUUAUCCUUCGUCUCUAACUUCACACAAAACAGAACACCAGAAGACUUGUGCAGUUGGAGUUCAACGCACGUUUUCCUCAGUUCGUAACUUGUUUUGCGUUUUUCUUGUACCCUCAAGAUGAAGAAAGGAAAUCUGUUUGUUUGGUGUCUACUUUGUCUGUCGGUGUCGUCCACCGCUUUCGCUAAGGUAAGAUAAAUCAGCGCACAGAAUUGACUUUUCUUAAACUAUGCAAAGAAGAGCGGAGAACGAAUCUGAUUGAAAGACGGUUUAAGUUGUUGAGUCUGUUAGUCAUAAAGGCUUACAAAAAGUAGCGGCGAGAUCAGUUUUCCAUGCAUCAGCGUAAGUGGAAACGAAAAUUUCAGAUUUGAAAUACUUUUGAGAUUAGAACUUUUAUUUUCUUAAAUGUAUAUUUUUAAAAGAGAGUUUGAAAACACAGUUUGCAAAUUAUAAUUGGCACUCCUGUCUUGGGCUCAAAGAACGAAAGGAUUUAUAACAAAACGCACAUCUCUUGUGCUGUUGUCACUUCUCCGAGAAGAGAACAAGGGAGAAUGAUGACUCUAAGAAUCUACAAAAGGCAGAUGAUUGGCUGAGCUUCUUCUAUACUUAAUGUCAAUCAUUUAUUACUGACCUGAACCCAAAUUUUGCUAAAAAAAAAAAGGUGCAAGUGAAUAUACUAUUAUUUUUGAACAUUUAUGUAACACAGAACUCAAACACGUGCUUGCAAGGAUCCCCUGGCCUCCCCGGACGUAACGGAGUAAAUGGACACAACGGGUCACCAGGCCGCGACGGCCGAGAUGGUGCUAAAGGUAAAAGGGGCGUGGCAGGCGCCCCUGGAUCACGUGGUGCGAAGGGAGAAAUGGGAGCAAGUGGAACAGAUACUGAUCACCGGAAUUGGAAACAGUGCGCGUGGAGGAGUCACGAUAGUCGUGACAUUGGACUGAUCAAGGCUUGUUAA